AUGGCCGUAUGUGAUUGGAAUAUGUGUUUCACUUUUGUAUUGGCUGGUUGGGAAAGUACUCCUCAUGAUGCUCGUGUUUUUUACCAAGCUUUAACAAAUGCAAAUCUUAAUUUUCCACACCCUCCGCCAGGUAAGUAUUAUUUGGUAGAUUCUGGCUAUCCAACACCAAUAGGGUACAUUGGUCCAUACAGACAUGAACGGUAUCAUCUUCCUGAAUUUAGGCGUUCUAACGGGUUUGCAAAUCAUAAUGAAGUAUUUAAUUAUUAUCACUCAAGUUUAAGGUGCACAAUAGAAAGAACUUUUGGGGUAUGGAAGAACAGAUUUGCAAUCCUACGUCGCAUGCCUAACUUUAAAUUUGAGACACAAGUUCAAAUAGUUGUCGCAACAAUGGUUAUACACAACUUUAUCCGAAGGAAGGCAGAAAUUGAUAUUGAUUUUAAUGUUUAUGAAGAUGAAAGCACGAUCAUUCACCAUGAUGAUAGCUCAUCUAACUUGGAUCAAUCCCAUGUUUUAAAUGUAGUUUCGUCGUCAGAGAUGGAUCGCGUUCGAAACAUAAUUCGCAAUGAAAUUAUUGAGCACAGUAAGAAAAUAGUAUUCAGCAAGGAUGUAAAGUUUGAUGAAACAAAGUGGUGGAACUGGAAAGACAAGACAUCAAAUAACUUUGAAAGUCACUUCUAUCUAUCUGAUUCAGAAACAGAAGAUGCUGGGACUGAAGAACAAGAAGAAGUAGUUGGUGAUACAGAUGAAGGAGGUGCAGGUGUUGUUAAUAGGCCAACAAGGAAUACUCAACCACCAGUCAGGUUGAGAGAUUUCCUGAUCAAGCAGUCACAUAUGAAGGUGAAAUUGUGCAAUCAACAAUGCUUGCUAAAGCUGAACCAGUAUCUUUUGAGGAAGCUCUUAAACAAAAUCACUGGAAGAAAGCAAUGA